UCGAUGUAAACAAAACUUGCAUCCCAUUAGAUUUUUUUUAAAUUAAAAAAUGUGGAAAUUUAGCCAAAGAUACCUCUUUUGGUCGGUGCUGCACCGCUCCUACUCCCAAUCCCAAAGCCAAGUGCGAGUGCGCUUUGCUCCCAGUCCCACAGGAUACUUGCAUUUGGGAGGUCUCCGUACGGCGUUGUACAAUUUUCUUUACGCCCGGCAUUUGAAUGGAAAGUUUCUGCUCCGGAUCGAAGACACUGACCAAACGCGUCUGGUUCCAGGUGCCAGUGAACGCCUGGUGGAGGAUCUACUGUGGGCGGGCAUAGAGAUUGAUGAGGGUCCUGGUUUUGGUGGGCAAUUUGGACCGUAUGUUCAGAGCCAAAGAACUGAGAUUUACAGCAAAGCCAUCGAGGAGCUACUGAAAAACGGCACUGCCUACAGGUGCUUUUGCACGGAACGUCGUCUGGAUCUGUUGCGUAAGGAGGCGGUCAGAACACGACAGGUUCCGCGCUACGAUAACAAAUGCCGGCAUCUAACAAAAUCAGAAGUGGAGUCCCUCUUAGACAGGGGAACCCCUCAUUGCAUCCGAUUCAAGCUAACGGACCAUGAGGAGCCGCUGGAUGAUCUCAUUUACGGAAAAGUCCAUCACAAUGUCAGCGACAACGAAGGCGAUCCCGUGGUUAUGAAGAGCGAUCGGUUCCCCACCUACCACUUUGCGAACGUGGUCGACGAUCAUCUAAUGGGCAUCACUCAUGUCUUGAGAGGAGUGGAGUGGCAGAUAUCUACCACCAAGCAUCUCCUGCUCUACAAAGCAUUUGGCUGGGAACCUCCCAAAUUUGGACAUCUGCCGCUCUUGGUAAAUGCCGAUGGCACAAAACUAAGCAAGAGACAGGGCGACAUAGGUAUCCAGCAUUUCCGGGAGAAGGGAUACUUUCCUUUGGCUCUACUGAACUAUGUGGUUUCCGCGGGCGGUGGAUUCGAGCAUAGAGACAGUGGCAAGCAGCAACUUCUCAGCGUUCAGGAGCUGUCUAGACAGUUUCUUAUAGAGCGAGUCAACUCCCAUCCUAGUAGGUUAAACCCAGAGCUACUCGAAGAUCUAAAUCGACUUGAAAUAGAACAGCGAUUGGCGGAUAAUGAGAGCCGCUUGCUUUUGAUCCGAAACGUUCAGGAACUAGUCAAAAAAGCCUAUCCAAAACAUUCAAAUCUCGAUCUGGCUGAGGAACACGUAGUGGACGUCUUGCGUUGGUCCUCCCAGCGUCUGACCCUUCUGCAAGAUUUGACCAGCAGCAAGUUGAGCUUCCUGUGGGUGAAACCAUCAAGUUAUGAGCUAAAGGACCUCUCGAGAGAGCAACUGAAUACUUUAAUCCACGAACUCGACGCACAUGAAGGGUUUAAUAAAGACGACCUCAAUGUCAGACUGAAAAACUUUGCCCAAAAAGAAAACAUCAAGUUCCCGCUGAUGAUGAAGAGUCUACGAGCUGCACUGAGCGGCUUGAAAGAAGGUCCAGGCGUGGCUGAAAUGAUGGAGAUCUUGGGCAAGACAGUGACCCUGGAACGUCUCAGAGAAGCUCUGCCCAAGGACGAGAUCCAGUUGAAACAAAAGUCUUGAUUUGGUUAAGUUUAGUUAUAUUGUUUAAGUGUUUAUAGAUUUACAUUUAAUAUAUAUACUGUAACUGUUGCAAUUUGAGAAUAAGAUCAAUGAGUAGACACCACACUAA